CUUUUAGACCUUGGCCCUUCCAAGAGAAAAUGAGUUUCAGUUUUUGUAAGUUUUCUUCUCUCAACAUCCAUGGAUACACACCUCCUCUGAACUUCAUAAUCAGUUGUAAUCAAGCCAUAUAAACAUGGCUUCUUCAAGACACUUACUUUCUGCUACUACUAUAUUUCAUAAUAUUCACAAAACUAUCUCUUCAAAAUCUUCUCUUCCUAACACUCUUUCUUCUUAUCCUCCAAUAACACUACCUCUCUCAACUACUACAACCAAACCUUAUCCGUUUCAAAGUUUCAAACUUUGUUAUAGUGCUGCUGCUUCAACUGCUUCUUCCAUUGAUGAAUUUCCUGAAAUCGUAAGUGAGACAGUCGAUUCCGAUUCUCAUCCAUGGCCAGAAUGGGUUCUUUUUCUUGAUAAGUUGAAAAGUAAAGGUUACUUCAAUCAAUCUUUACUAGGGGAGGGAGAUGCUGUCACUGUUAAUGUUAAUCCUCGAGCUGACUUGAAUCUAUUGAAGACUGGGUGUCUCAGUUUUGCGCGAGAGCGGUUUGAUAUUUGCAAGUCAUUAUCCAGGGAAGAUAUUGAAACAGUUGUGAAGUAUGGAUGCCCUAGUGUAAACAGAAAAACUGUUAAUUCUGCAAAAAGAUUGAGGGCAUUUGUAAAACUCAAUGAAAGAGAUGUAUGCGGUGAUUGCAGCUUACGUCGUUCGUGUGAUAGAGCCUACAUGGUACUAAAGGAUUAUGAAGCAGAUGCUCGUACUGUUGAUAUUAUGCGUAUGUUGUUGGCUUAUGCUGUUGAUCCAUCUUCAGAGAAACCUGACGGCUGGGAGUAUGUUGAAACAUCUGCGCGUAAAUUGCUUUCUGAACUGAUUGAACUCAGUGAAACGACCCUAGAUCCUGCUUUACUGAAGCCUGUUGUUAAGCCAACCCAGAGACGCGAAAGCCGUGAACAUGUAGGGCGACAUGAACGUCGUGAACAUGUAGGAAGACAUGAAGGUCGUGAACGUGUGGUGAAUUUGGAAAAGCGCCAAAAUAUUGAGAUGAAGAAAGGGGAUUGGAUAUGUUCCAAAUGCGAUUUCCUGAACUUCUCCAGAAACAUACAAUGCCAUCGGUGCAAUGAAGAUGGUCCCAAGCAAGUUAGCGUGGAUGACAUUGAGAUGAAGAAAGGAGAUUGGAAUUGUCCAAAGUGUGAAUUUAUGAACUUUUCUAAAAAUAAAAGCUGCUUACGCUGCCAAGGGCCACGACCUAAAAGAGAGCUUCUCCCAGGAGAGUGGGAGUGUCCCUCAUGCGAUUUCAUGAACUUCAGGAAGAACACAACAUGCUACAAGUGCCACUGUGAUCGUCCCAAGGACAACGAAAAGGAAUAUGAAGAUCACAUAUGGAACAGCCCUCGUUAGCUGAAGUUAUAGCUCCGUUUCACAAGUGGAGAUAUUAGUAAUCUAGCUUCUAUGCUACAUAAAUUUUGAUCUUGCAGGUGAGAUUAGUCAAAAAUUACAGGGAGAUUUGGGGUGACAGUAUCCAUCUCCAUUCAAGCUGUCUUAUAAUGUCAUUUUGUAUUUAGAAUUUUGUAUCCUUAGGCCCCCCUUUAAACGAGUAAUUCAAUUUCCCUUCCCGUUAUUCAGCACUGUUUCCUGUUAAAAAAGUCAAUCAAUUACCUCAGAUUAUUGGGAUCA